AGAGAUUGCGAAGCUCGUGGAAGUUUUAGCUCCCAUCCUAGCUCCAUAAUCGCUUUGACCACUAUAGAGUUUGGAAAGCAAAAGAACACCAAAUUUUUAGUACAAGUAAAAGGCAGAUUCCAGAAAAAAAAAAUGGGAAUCAAGUCACCAAUGGAUGAUACUAAGUUGAAGGAGAAAGAUACUUGUGUCAAGAAGGAUAAAGUCGAUACUGGUGUCAAGAAGGAUGAAGUCAAGUACAGAGGAAUCAAAGCUAUGCCUUUCAUCAUAGGAAAUGAAACGUUCGAGAAGCUGGGAACAGUCGGAACUAUAUCCAAUAUGUUGGUGUAUCUGACGACUGUCUUUAACAUGAGUACUAUUGGUGCAACAAAUCUCAUUAACAUCUUCUAUGGUACCUGCAAUUUUGGUACCUUGAUUGGAGCUUUCUUCUCAGACACUUACUUCGGCCGAUACAACACUAUAGGCUUUGCUUCAGUAGCUUCCGUCUUGGGAAUGCUCAUAUUGACGCUAACUGCAGCGAUUCCUCAGUUGCAUCCCUCUCCUUGCGGAACAGACAGCAGCAAAUGUGUUGGACCGACGGCAGGGCAACUAACUUUCCUGUUGAGUGGAUUCGGAUUCCUAGUGAUUGGAGCUAGUGGCAUAAGACCAUGUAAUUUGGCCUUUGGUGCAGACCAGUUUAAUCCCAAUACAGAGUCCGGUAGAAAGGGAACCAAUAGUUUCUUCAAUUGGUAUUAUUUCACCUUUACAUUUGCCGUGAUGGUAUCCUUGACAAUCAUUGUCUACGUGCAAUCCAAUAUCAGUUGGGCUAUCGGAUUGGCAAUUCCUGCAUUCAUGAUGUUCUUAUCCUGCACUGUCUUCUUCGUGGGUACGAGAAUAUAUGUGAUGGUACUGCCACAGGGCAGUCCCUUGACUAGCGUGGUACAAGUGAUUGUUGCUGCAAGCAAAAAGAGGAAAUUGGCUUUGCCGGAUCAACCACAGAAGUCUCUCUUUGAUUUCAUGUCUCCCAAUUCAAUCAACUCUAAGCUUCCUUACACAGAUCAGUUCGGGUUCCUGAACAAAGCAGCAAUCAUAACCCCUGAAGAUCAUAUCAACGCGGAUGGUUCAGCACACAAUCCAUGGAGGCUUUGCAGCAUCCAGCAGGUGGAAGAAGUGAAAUGCAUAGUCAGUGUGGUUCCCAUAUGGAUUGCUGGAAUUAUAUACUAUAUAGUGCUGAACUUGAUGCAGACUUAUGCAGUUUUCCAGGCCAUGCAAGCUGAUAGACGCCUUGGAAAUACCAGCUUCAAAAUCCCAGCAGCAUCUUACACAAUUUUUCAGAUGUUGAGCCUCACAGCAUGGAUUCCAAUAUAUGAUAGGAUCAUUGUUCCGUAUCUUCGUAAAAUCACCAAGAAAGAAGACGGUAUAACUGUCCUCCAAAAGAUGGGUGUUGGCAUGGUAAUUGCAGUGGCUACCAUGGUGGUAUCUGCUCUAGUGGAAAACUGGAGAAGAACUGUGGCUCUUACUAAGUCAACCAUAGGAGUCGUAGCGCAAAAAGGCAACAUUUCUUCCUUGAGUGCUUUUUGGUUAAUCCCUCAAAUGGCACUAGCAGGGCUUUCAGAAGCAUUUACCAUCGUUGCUCAAGUUGAAUUUUUCUAUAAGCAGUUCCCCGAGAGCAUGAGAAGUUUUGGAGGGUCAUUUUUGUUUUGUGGUGUUGCAAUAUGUAGUUAUUUUAGCAGCUUCAUGAUAUCAAUAGUCCACAAAGAGACCAGAAAUGCAUCCGGAAUAGACUGGUUGGCUGAAGAUCUCAACAAGGGAAGAUUGGAUUACUUCUAUUACCUGGUUACUGCUUUGGAAGUUCUCAAUCUAGGAUACUUUCUAAUUUGUGCUAAGUGGUACAAGUACAAAGGAACACAAGGCAAGAGCAGUAAUGGUGAUGUUGCCAUGGAAGAUUUAAGCUCCAGAGCACAUAUGGUUUAAUCCAAUUUCUGCAAUCUGAUUGAUGUCAUAUGUGGUCUCAAGAAGCAGCUACUUACUCCUCCCCAUGUGCCCACCUAAACACAACAGUUUAACUAAGAAUAAUAAUUACAAAAGAAAACAAGGGUUUAAGAGGGGACAGAAUGGCUAAUGUACUAAGAAUAGUCUCUCUUUUUUUUUUUUUGUUGUUGUGGUGUGGGGGGGUGGGGGAGGAAGGACUCAAAAGGGUAGUCAAUUUCUGGAGCUCAUUGUUUUUCAAAUGUUGCCUCUGCUUCUAAGGUAGCAGCAAUCCAUUCACAACUCUCAGCUGGAAAAGUCACCGUAUAUUACUUCAUCAUGAUGAUCCUCAAAGUUGAUAAAUCAAAAUAAUUUGGCAAA